CUUUUUUAUAAAUAUACCUCUUGUCACUCACAAAACCAGAUCACUCUACUAAUUAAUAUAAUGGGCGCAGUGAAAUUUAGUUGUGUACUCAUCUUUUGCGCCAUAGUUGGGACGAUCACUACUUGUCUAGCCGCCGCAGCCCCGCCGCCGCUGCUAGAAGCCCAGAAGCUACACGAGGAAUGGAUGAAUGAGCACGGGCGGGUGUAUGAAACCCAGGAGGAGAAGGAGCUCCGGUUCGGAGUAUUCAAAGAGAACCUGGAGUUCAUUCAGGCCUUCAACGAGGUCAAGAACCGGACUUUCAAGCUGGGCGUCAAUCGCUUUGCUGAUUUAACUAAUGAAGAAUUCCGAGCCCUUAGAACCAAUGGAUACAAAAGUAGUCUUCUUAGUCACAGUCUUAUGAAUGCUGAUGGUGAUCUCCACAAAACCUUUAGAUACAGAAAUGUCACUUUGAUUCCGCGGGGUCUCAGCUGGAAGAGGAAAGGAGCUGUUACAAGCGUCAAGGAUCAAGGCAAAUGCGGGGGCUGUUGGGCAUUUUCCGCGGUGGCGGCUGUAGAGGGCAUACAGAAAAUCUCAACGGGUAAGCUAAGAUCACUCUCUGAACAAGAACUAAUUAGUUGCAGCAAAGGUGAGGCCACUCAGGGCUGCGGCGGAGGAUUGAUGGACGGAGCUUUCGAGUACAUCAUCAAGAACAAGGGUCUCACCGACACUCACAACUACCCAUAUAUAGCAAAAAACGGGACCUGUAAUAAGCUCAAGAAAUCCCGCAUUGCGGCCAAGAUCGCGGGCUACGAACGCGUCCCGGCUAACAACGAAGUGGCAUUGCUAAAGGCCGUGGCUAACCAACCGGUGUCCGUUGGGGUUGAGGCAGGCGGCCGGGCGUUCCAAUUCUACCAAAGAGGCGUCCUCUCUGGUCACUGCGGGACCGAGCUUGAUCACGGUGUGGCGAUCGUUGGGUACGGGAAAACGAAGCAAGGCACGAAGUAUUGGCUCGUGAAGAAUUCAUGGGGAAGUAAAUGGGGUGAAAAAGGUUUUCUUAGAAUGAAAAGAGGCAUUAAGGCUCGGGAGGGACUUUGUGGACUCGCCAUGAUGCCUUCCUAUCCAACCAUGGUUUAAUAACGUACUUUUUUUUGUUGAACUUUGUGAUUUUUUAUUUUAUGUGAUAUGUGUUAAGUUGGAGGUAUUGGUCCUAUCAAAGCCUUCAUUCCACUUUAUUUAUUAAGCUUGUGUCAUAUGUUUAUUCCUACUUUUCUUGCACCCGUGAUUAUUUUUCCUUGACCAAUUACUUGUCUGUUUACUCACCGAUUUGGCCCCCUAAUUUGUCUGUUGGAGUCUGUACCCUCUUUGUCCAUGUUGCCCGCGUUACUUUCUGUAUUGCGUGUGAGGCAAGAGAAACAAAGAGUGAGACAGAGAGUUUCCUCCUUGCCUUCCUUUGUGCGAGAGGUUCCAUUGUUCACUUCCUUUGUGCGAGAGGUAUCUUUGUGGAGAGAGUAAACAUGGUGAGUAGUGGAGUAGUCUAGCCAAGAGGUGUGUGUGUGUCAUGUGAGCCAUUGAGAUAGGUUGAAGACUUGAGCUCGAGACGGAAUAAAAACUCUACAAUAUGAUUUUAUUUUCACUAGUAUAGUACCCGUGCAUUCGCACGGGUCGUUAUUGUUUUGUAAAUUUUAAUUUGUUGCAAAUUAAUUCUUUUGUAUAUAUAUAUAUAUCGAGCCUUGCAAUUUUAUUCUUUUG